AUGCAGGGAAAUAAGAAACAUACAGAAGGACAUAGUGACUCCUCAAGUAUUGGGAGUCUACUGGAUGACACGGACAGAGAGGUGAGCAGCCUCACAGACCGAGCCUUCAAAAGUUUGUGUGUGGCAGAGCUUGAAGACUCUUACAAUGAACCGGAUCUUGCCAUUUCACCUGACUUUACCCUCCAGUUGUCUGCUAAAUUUCACCCAGGGACGUUAAAUCACACCAUCAAGAAAAGCAAUGUCUGUAACAAGCUAACAGCAAGAAACAAUGAACAUACAAUAUGGGCUUCCACAUUCCAGCAGUUACCAAAGUGUGCUCCGGAGGAGAAAAGGAUUGCUAAAAAUAACACCUUUGCCACUGAAAGGAAAAAGCUGAAUUUGCCAGUACCUAGUCCAAGGAACAAUAAACAUGUUUCAAAAGUGUCCUCGUUGAUUAAGACAUUUGAUAAGACUGCAAACCAAGGGUCAGGAGGUUCCCUGAUAGCCAUUAAGCAGCCUAUUAAGAAUAGCUUUCAAAAAUAUAAAUUAAAUCAUGGAAAUGAUAUGGCUUGCUGGGGUGACACAGGCAUUUUAAGCAUCCACAAGGAACUUUCUGAAUUUUCUGAGGCUAGUCAAGGUAGCCACUCUCUCAGAGGCAAGCAUGAGCCACAGAGAAGACCUAAUAAAAUAGACCUGAGUUAUUGUGGCUCUGGUGGUUAUUAUCCUGUGCUGAUUGAGAUGUCAAAAGUAGCCAAGUCGAAUUUUUCUCGUUCUUCUAAAAAGGCUUUAAAAAACAGAAGUAUGAAAGUUAAUGAGCCAGCAAAAAAAGGUAAUUUUCUUCACAGUGAGAACAGUGCUUUUGAAUCAUGGAAUGUUCAUCACAAAAAACUGACUGAAAAGGAGGAAUUUGUUGAUGUGAAAAUGAAAAAGGAAGGUCUUACAUACCUGGAAGAAGAACCAUUUAUUAAAGGAACCCCCACACAUGAACAUAAACUGCCACCUGUCAAAACCACUGUUGCUAAGAAGCAGGAGAAAGAUCUUCAGAUGGAGCCAACUUCAUCAGAAGCUGCUUUCAGCAUCCCUCUCCCAGCUGUAUGUGUACCUCAGGGCCCCCUCCCUUCAGAAACUGAACUUCUUGCUGCUCUUCCACCCACACCUCCCCCUAGGAUCCAUGUGCACCAGGGUCCUCCUCGGCCACCCACUCUCCCACAGGCACUUCCUCUUCCACCCCCUACCCAGCAGGGCCAUCCCUCAACACCCUGCAUCCCUGAAGCCCCUCCUGUGCCACCACCCCCAAUGCCAGCUCAGCUUUCCCCCUCUGCCAUGUCCCAAGUCUCCGUCUCACCCCAGUCCGCAUCCUACAGGAUGAUUUCACACUCACCUAUGUCCCAGGCACCCAGCCCACCUCCACCGAGACCCCUGGCCACCUUAACUGAAGAGGACGUCCUCAGUCCCCAACUGGGCAGUACAGGUCCACCCUGGAGGAGACAGAGGGCUACAAAAGGGGCAGCAGAGAGGAGACAGACUUCAAAGGAGCAGUUCACAGCCAGCGAUGAGAUGGUUUCAUUGUCUGAAAAGGCAAUUGGUGCUGAACCUGGUCUGGAUGUGAGUCCUCUGACUAAAGAGGUAAACUCCCCUGGUUUGAAUAGCCCCUCUUUCAACAUCACCGAACUCUUAACACCCAUCAUACCACCAAAACAGGAGGUAGACCCUAUGGAAAGUGAGCUGGUCCCGCUGACACCUCCUCCCACUGAGAGCGCAGCAGCAAGAGACCACGAGGGGAGCGUGUUUAGCGAUUACAGGUCUCGGGAUAGUUACAAAUCGAAAGCAUCGAGUCUGUUAUUCAAUUUGAAGGAUGUGCGUAAACGUGUUAAAAGCAUUUAUACCCCUUCUCCCCUGUUAAGGGCCUUGGAGGAGAAAAAUAAAACUAGGGAAAAUAUACAGGAGAGUACAAAAAUGAAUGCCUCGUUCUCGACUUUACAAGAAAAAAGUAACAAAAAUGUUGCCGAGAAAGAUGAAUCAAGUGAUAUAACCUCUGUAUUGUCUGGCAGUGUACCCGAAAAGGACAGUAAAACUGAUCUAACUGGACACUUUACAGACAAUUACCUGACUUUGAGUUCACCCCAGACCACAGCAGACCUUUUAUUUUACCAAACUGGAGACAACUUGCAGCAAGACGAUUCAAAAUGCGAAAGUCUGGUUAAAAACACAAGGGGUAAUGAAAACGUCGCCUUGUUCAGACAUGAAUCAAAUGAACCUGAUUUAAGGAAACGUCUGCAGUAUCCAGCAUUGAAACAAUUCACUAGAGACAAUGCAGGUACAACAGCUGGGCAACCUGUGCAAAAUCCCAGUGUCCGUGUCCAGGGUGAGGAAAAUGAAGGACAGGCUGCCAAUCAGAAGGAAGAGUUUGUCUUCAAAACGCUCCCAAACCAACUCUCACCAGCAGAGGAUGUACCUUACAGUGACAUCCAAAACAAUAUGGUGGUAACUGGGCAUGAAGGACAUGGCAAAAGAAGCACGAGUUCUUCAGAGCAAUCUUUUGUCUCCACGGUAGAGCAGCCACUUCAGGAAGAGCUGUUUCCACCGGUGCCCCUGAUGCAGAAGGCAAGCCUUCAAGAAAGCCAGAGGACAAGGAGUGAAAUGAGUUCAGACAGUAAGAAAAGCCACAAGGAGAGAGGGAAAGNGGUUGGGGAAGAUGAACUGCAAUAUUAUGCUUCUAUCAGCUCUGGUACUGGUGCAGCAGAGAAGAGGGAGGGGAAGGUUACUGGAAAUGAACAGAGGAGCUUGAUGAAAGAGAACCUAAGGACAGAGAAAAGGCAAGAGGCCAAAAGCAUGGAUUCUGCUUCUGACAGUGUAAGGGACAUGUCCAUCCACAGGUGUGAGGAACCACAAACACCACCAUCUUCAAGCUCAACCAAACCCAGUCUAUUUAUGAUUAAAGAUAACACAUUCAGGUCACCUCAGGUAAUAAGGGCUGUCAAGCUCCCCCUGUUCAGGUCCUUUUCCCUGGAUGAUACAGUAAGCAGCAGUUAUAAGGAAAUGGAAAGUAGGUUUAUGUCCCCAGCAGAGCAGAACAAGAAGCACCAAAACAGGUUACGUACCCAGGAGGUAGGCUGGUCGGCAUCAAGGUGCAGAGGGCAGCAGAACGUGAGGGAUGGAGUGACCGACAAAGAGAAAGAGGCCAGUGAGCCUGGAUCUACUUCAGCAACACUGGAUCCCAGUCUUGUGGAGGAUACAGAGAGCUUUUCAUUAGGGAAGCUGAUGGAAGAAGAUGAAGAGACUUGUGCUUUGUUAAAUAAAGUUGGGAAAAUGAAUGAGGAAAGUGCCCACAGAAGGAAAGAGAAACCCCAGGCUAGGAAGGCAAGACACAGCUUAACACAGCCAAGUUUAAGUCUGGAAAAUGACCAAGCACAAAUCAACCCCAGCUAUCCCACAGAGAGAAAGACAAAUUACUUUAAGAAUCAUCAUUUAUCUAAUCGCAGAGGUGGCUCUUGUGCGAAAAAAAUAAUCACUAGGGAGACAAGUUCCCCUGUGACUGGCUCCAUAUCAGAGGACCACACAUAUUCUCCUGUAUUCCACGAAGCUUUAGAGGACAUCCUACGUACAGAAGGUGCAUCAGAUUUGUUAGACAGUCUCGCAUGCUCUGCUGUUACAAGCCCCAGGUCAGGCAGCACCAUGCACUCUCUUGCUGCCAGUUCAUCAUCAGACAAACCAACAAUUUCUGCCCAUAGAGAGACAGAGGAUGUUAUAAACCCUGCCUUGCUGAACAUGGCACUAAAGAACCAAACUGAUAUGUCUGCGGAAGAGAUACUUGAUUCAGCACAGAGGAAUCUGCUUUCCAGUUCUGCAGGUGAAGCUGAGAGACUGGAGCCCAGGGGACUUGGGGAGAGAGCAGCAGGCAAGCCUCCCGCUGUGCCACCAAAAACAGAAAAGGCUCUGCGGCGGGCCAAAAAGCUGGCAAGCAAGAGAAAGAAAAUGCAAGAGCAGCAGAAAAAACAUCAGACUGAGCAUGAAGAUGCUGUAGGGAGAAAGCCUUCUCAUUGUGGACAAACACUAGCAUCUCCUUCACCUUUGGGAUAUUCUCCUCUCCAUCCUGCCCCUCACUCAACUUUUACUCCCACAGAAACCAGUACAGGAAGACCCAGUGCUGCAUCGGCAGUAAGCCCUUCACCCUCUUCAACCCAGCGUAAACUCCUCCAAGACCCUGACUCUGGUCAAUACUAUGUAGUUGAUUUACCAGCUGAAGUGAAUUUAAAGACAUUUUAUGACCCAGAAACUGGCAAAUAUGUCCAAGUCUCAGUCCCUUCCUCGGAAGGGACCUUAUACCAGCCCCCCUCUUCAGAAAUUAUGAAUUCUCCCUAUGCCUCCUACCCUAGAGUGCUGCCUUUACCAGCUUCAUCUGUAGCAGUGCUGAAGUCACCUUCUCAGCUCUCUGAACCUACCUGGUUAAUGCCAUCUGUACCAGGAGAACCAGCUGAACUACCAGAAGAUGGCCAGCAGGACUACAGAUACGCUGAAACUGUGGAUACUCAGACUUAUAUUGAACCAGCCUCUUACUCCUAUAGUCAAGAUGCUGAAGAAACUCAAGUUCACUUACGAAAGGACAUGAGCCCAACCCCAAAUACCAACAUAGUGUCCCUCACUGAUUUAGAUGAUUUUGCUGCUGAAGGAGUAUCUUGA